CGGCGGGGCGCGGACCGGAAGUAGGCCGUGUGCGCCACGCCUCUCGCGAGCCAGCGUCCAAUUAGCGCCUCCCUUCACCUGUUCACAGAUCUUCAUUGGCUUAAUAUUGCCAGGAGGUGGAGAGAAAGGAAAGGCGGGUGACCAAUCACGAGGCCCACCGCGCGCCCUGGUUGCCCCGGGAAACCUAACAGCAGGCAUCAGCCGGCGGCAGACCCGGGCCAGCGGGUCGAACAUGGACAGCCACAACGGGGGCACGGAGGGCGAAGGCCGAGCCGAGGAAGGUCUGGCUAAGCAGCUGCCCGAGAUCAAGGUUAACUCUGAACCUCUGACUCCGACUGACCCUGCGGAGCGGGAACCAGAACCGAAGCAGGAGCGGGAGACUGAGCCCGAGACGCAGCCGGUGUCGGACAGCUCAAAAGCAGAGGCUUCGGGAGGGAGCGAUUAUGCACACGUUGAGGUCCCGGAAAGUCCGGGGGCCGCUGAGACCGCGGGAGAGGCAGUAGAGGCCGCAAGCGAGGCCGUGUCCCGAGAGCCAGAGAGUCUGCCACGGACCCAGCCCAAGACCAAGCCGGAGUCCAAGGAGUCAGAGGACAAAGACGAAGACGAGGACGACGAGGAUGAGGACGAUGAGGAAGAGGAGGAGGAGGACGAGGAACCCGAGAAGUCGGAGAAGCAGAAGGGCAAGGGGAAGAGGGAGAAGAGGAAGGAGUCACGGUUCCGGCCCUCUCUCCCGCUGACCACGAUUGUUGAGGAGGCGGCUGCUCCGGCCCCACGAGCUACGAAGGAGAAAGCAAAGGGAUCACAGAAGAAAAGAGAGAGUGAAGAGAUCGAGGUGAUAGGUCGAGAACGACGUAAGAAAAGCACAGAAGAGCAACUUUACCCCGGAGAGGAGAAAGAGGAGGAGGAGGAAGAAAGAGAAGAGAAAGAGGAGGACGCUGAAGAGUUUGAGUGGACAGCGGACGUGCGGAAGCUGCAGGAGCAGCAGCUGCGCGGCGAGCUGGUAGAACAGUACCACUCCCUGCUGGUGGAGCGCAACCGUUAUCAGCGCUAUAAUAUGUACCUACAGCAGAAGAUCCACGAGACCCUGCGCAAGAAGGGCCUGGAAGCAGCGGAACCUACGGACAAGGGCGCCGAACCAGAAUCUCCCGAGAAAGAGCAAGCGUACUUGCGCUGCCUGGCCAUGCUGGAGGAACUGAAGAAACAAGAGGCAGACGACUUGGAGUGGUACCGCCAGGAGGUGCGUGAGCUGAAGCAGCAGUGCCAGGAGAAGCAGGCCAGGGUGGAGAAGGAGUGGCGCCGCUUCCAGGCCCUCAAGAAGCAGGUGGUGAUGCAGGUCAUGGGCAGUUGCCGCAUGCGCGGUGGGCGCCAGGCUGCUCUCAGAGAGGUGGAACAGAUUCAGGCUCUGGAGGAUAAAAAGGAGAAGGAGAUGAGCGCUGUGCGUCUCGAGAAUGUGCAGCUGAAGCAGAGCCUGGUACACUUUGAAACCAGGAUGAAGGCCCAGGAGGACUUGGCUGAGGGGCUGCUCCUCAUCGACUUCGAGCAACUCAAAAUUGAGAACCAGACCUUCAACGAGAAAGUAGAGGAGCGAAACGAGGAACUUUUAAAACUGCGCACUAAGGUGACCAGCAACGUGCAGAUAAUAACGCAUGUGAAGGAAAAGCUGUCUUUCAUUGAUAUGGAGAACUCGUGCAAAAAGGCACAACUUUCGGAGGUGGAUGCCCAGGUGGCCCUAGGAAGAGACCUAUUGACGAAGACAAAACAAGCCCGAGACAGCCUGCGAACCGACAACAUCAAGCUGAGUCAGAAAUGUGGGCUUCUGGGUAAGGAAUCACUCCUCCGAGAUUUGGAAGAAAAAGUGGAGAAGACAGAAAUGCUCAAUAAGCGCCUGGAGUCUCUGAAGCGCCAUCACGCCGGGCUCGCCUUGUCCUGCAAAGGGGUGAAGCAAAAGAUCAGGGAAGCCAAAACGUUCCUCCCCUCCUGACAGCCCUGGACAGGACAGUUGGCAAAACUUCUGCAACUCCAGAAACUGUCCCUUACUCUCUUCUGCCCCUGAUUGUCCAUUCUGUGGAACUUGGAAUGCAACUUUAUUUUUGGUUUAUUUUCCAGCUUUCAAAUUCCUGCUGAACACAUAGUUAGCAGUAGGUCUACAUGAGGUUAAGUAAAAUAUAUCUAGAGAGUGGGGCAAUUAAAUCGACUUCUGAUGCAAAGCCUUUAUAGCCAAGCAGCCCCCAUAGUUUAAAGAAGUGUUUAGAACUGUUUCUUGCCUAUGUCUAAGGAUGGCUUAAAGGCUCAGUGAGUGGACAAGGUACAGAAAAUCCCCAUGCACUGAUCUAAUGACUCAAGUUGUCCUUGUACUAAUUAAACUUAAGAGUAUUGAAUCAGUCUUACUCAGCUCACAUAUUCCUGCCUCUCUGUGUGCAGGUGUGGGGGCAUAUGAAGGCCCAAGGAACAUAGGGGGCGUCUCCUUGAGUUUUUCAGACAGGGCCUCUUAACUGGGACGUUGCAUUUGGGCUAGACUGUCCAGCUAGCAUGAUGAUCCUAGGAUCUACUUGUCUCUGAUCCCCAGCACUGGGGUACAGGCAUGCUGGGCCACUCUGGCUGUUUCAUGUGGAUGCUGGGGACUUGAAUUCAGAUCCUCACACUUUUAAAACCAGCACUCUUACUCUCUGAGCCAAAACCUGCAUCAGCAAUCUGACUGUUGGCACUGCAUAACCCUGCUUCCUUCUGAUGAAAUGGCAUACUUUUGUUUGUUGAAAUAUAUUGGCUUUGAAGUCAAUGAUGGUUAAAAUCCCUUUUCUGACUUUCAUGGCCUGGAAACAUUUUAUA